GUGUAUUUGUUUAUCAGUACUUGUCCGCGCAGUUGAACGCGGGGCGAGGGAGGCGGCCCAGCGGUGUUGCGUCAUGUUUGGCGGGGCCGAAGAGUGGCGAUUGCCCCCUUGGUACCGCUUCGCCCAACUGGCUUUUACUCGGGAUUCUCGUGCAGGUGGUGGGAGACCGUUGGACGUCUUUCCAGGUGGUGAGUCAUUGCCAUCUGUCUCCCAAUUUCGCCUGGUUUAUUCUCUGGCAGAUGGUUCGACGAUGAAGAAGAAGUACUUCGUCCUUCGGCGGGAGACCGGGCCCGACACCCCCGCCCGACUCGAGUAUUACGAUUCGGAGAAGAAGUUCAAGUCGGGCGCCCAGCCGAAGAAACCCAUCAUCCUGCGCACGUGCUUCAGCAUCAACCGCAAGAAGGACCCGAAGCACAGUCACGUGAUCGCGCUCUACACCAACCACGACUCGGUGAGCAUGGCCGCCGAGUCCGAGCCGAGCUCAAUCGACUGGCUGAGCUUCCUGCACCCACCACAUGCACCAUCCGUGAUUCUGCAGACCAUCAGUAUGACGACUAGAAGACCCCACUCAUUCAUCGCUGCCCCUAACGUACUUCUUACAAUCCCCACGCCCUCUCUCACCUAUUCAUGGGCUUUAGGUGGCCUGUUCAUCCGGGUAGGGACCCUCUUUGUCAAAUUAGCUCCCUCACCUUCGAGCAGCUUCUUCUUCACAUGUCCAUCUUACGUCUGUCACACGCUGUUCGAUCCAUUGUCGUCACAGGCCCCUCUUAGUGAUCUUCAGAUCAUUUCCGCUAGAUCAACAAUCUUCGACCUGCUCACUCUCUUUCGCCUCCCUUACUCUUCGCGCGCGCUCACGGUUAUAUCAGACCUCAAAGUCUAUACGGCACCAUUCACCUAUUCUCAAGCACCGCCCACUCCAUCAGCUUACCCUACCGGUCUUUUCUCGCAGCAUCUCCACCCCUCUACUUGUCAGCACAAGAAGAAAACCUGCCUUUAUGUUUGUUUCCAAAAAGUUGACACACAUUUAUACCAUGUUUGGUAUUCGCUGUUGGUAGUUUUAUGUCUUAUAAUAUUUUCCCUUAUAUGCUUCAAAACAGAGCACGUGUGGAUGGUGGAGAUCCAGCCCAGAAGCCUUGGCAGCAGUAAAGGGAUCACGGGAGAAUAUCACAUCUGUCUGACCUACAAGUCAAUUGCUCUCGUGCGGGUCGGAGAUAGUCAGAAGAAAAUCGAGUUCCCGUUAAACAGCAUCCGGCGUUGCGGCCACACAGGCUCCUUUUUCUUCUUGGGGCUGGGGAGGUCAGCCGUCACUGGCGCAGGAGACAUCUGGAUGCUAACGGAAGAUGCUGUCAUUGCUGAAAACAUGCAUGGUAUUAUUCGCAGAGCAAUGCAUGCUCCUUGCAACAACAUGAGUGAAGACCCAGUGUCCCGGGAACGAACCCAGUCAAUGUCAAAUCAACGUUCAUUUGACAGUAAGGAAGACAUAUUUUGUAGUGGGCAGUGCCUGACGCGUGGACGAUGUGGCAGCAUGCCCUCCCGGAGUCGCACAAGUAGUGAAGGAUCUAUGCAGACUGGGCCUAACAAGCUUCCGCCAAACUGCAGUCAUCAGAUGGAUGGUCCACACCCGGGAUCUGUGUGUCUUCAUCCCAUCACUCGGCCUAAAUCAAUGUACUCAUCAUCUCUCUCCUCGUCAUGCUCUCCGCCUUGUGCUUCUGCUUUGUUCAGGUAUUUGUAUGUGGCCUGCAGGUGACCCACCCAAGUAAAA